AUGGCGCUUGAGUCUUCCAUUCUGACUCUGCCUAGGUACAAUUCUUGCUCGAAAUCAUGGAGUUUCAUGUGUUGCAAUAAGCAAACAAAAUUUCCCAUGAAGGUUUCGCUGCAAAAUAAUCGAUACCCAUUUCAAUUGGAGUCGAACUGCAUUGGUAAUAGUGGUUUUAGGAGCUUCUUAGGUCCAAGAUGUGAAGGAGUUGACUUGUUGGUUAAUAGAGCUCGUUUGCAAGCUCUAGCUGAUGAUAAUGAGAGUUCGGGCAGUGCAGAUGCUGUUUCGGGUUCAAAGUUUGAUUUUGUUAAGGAAUUGGUAAAGUGCGGAAUUGUUUUGGCAGCCAUGGUUUGUGGGGUUUUAAUUUAUGGGUGCAGAAGAGCUUUUGCGGUGGAGGGUGUGGUGAAUGCAGGCUAUGGGGUUAUUGGGCAGAGCAUAUUGUUGCUCAGGAAUGCCUGGCCGAAGACGUUGCAGGUUCUUCAGCUCUUCAAAGAGCAGGGUUUGAUUUUGGCUUUGCUUUUGGGACUCUCGGCGUUUUUCUCAAUGGCGGAGACUUCAAUUACCACACUGUGGCCCUGGAAGGUGCGUGAGUUGGCUGAGAAAGAGUCUGAAGAUGGUGUCUUCAAAUUGCUUCGCAAUGAUGUUACUCGGUUCUUAACAACCAUACUUAUUGGAACAACUGUUGUCAAUAUUGGAGCAACUGCUUUAGUUACAGAUGCUGCAACAGCAAUAUUUGGUGAAGCUGGUGUUAGCGCAGCAACUGGAGUAAUGACUGUUGCUAUUUUGCUCCUCACUGAAAUAACUCCCAAAAGUGUCGCUGUUCACAAUCCCACAGAGGUUGCUAGGUUUGUGGCCAGUGGCGUGGCUCUCAUUGGUAUUAUAUCCUGUGGGAAGAGUUGUUACAUAUCUAUCAAUGGGGAUGCUAAAAUACUCGGGUUGAAAGGAAGAAGUGAACCAUAUGUUACUGAGGAGGAGUUAAAACUGAUGCUGCGGGGGGCAGAGUUAAGUGGGGCAAUAGAGGAGGAAGAACAGGAUAUGAUUGAAAAUGUGCUGGAGAUAAAAGAUACGCAUGUUAGAGAGGUGAUGACUCCUCUUGUAGAUGUAGUUGCCAUCGAUGCCAGUGCAACACUAGUUGAUUUUCACGACUUGUGGGUAACUCAUCAAUAUUCAAGGGUGCCUGUUUUUGAGCAGCGUGUUGACAAUAUAGUAGGAAUUGCAUAUGCAAUGGAUCUAUUGGAUUAUGUUCAGAAGGGUGAGCUACUAGAAAGUACUACUGUCGGGGAUAUGGCUCAGAAACCUGCUUACUUUGUGCCUGAUUCAAUGUCUGUCUGGAAUCUUCUUAGGGAGUUUCGCAUCCGAAAGGUUCACAUGGCCGUGGUUCUUAAUGAAUAUGGUGGAACUGUAGGGAUAGUAACCCUGGAAGAUGUCGUUGAGGAAAUUGUUGGUGAAAUAUUUGACGAAAAUGAUUCAAAAGAGGAGAUUCAGAAAAAAACUGGCUACAUUGUAAUGCGUGCAGAGGGUAUAUUUGAUGUGGAUGCAAACACAUCUAUUGACCAGCUCUCUGAAGAUCUAAAUGUGAAGAUGCCUGAGGGUCAUCAAUAUGAAACAGUAUCAGGGUUUAUAUGUGAGGCAUUUGGAUAUAUCCCAAGGACGGGGGAGAGCAUCAAAGUGGUCCUUGAAAAGGAAAUUGAAGAGGAGAUUGAUGAGUCCAAGUCUGACAACCAGGAUAAAAAAGAUAAAAAAGAUAAAAAAGAAAAGCACCAAAUUUUUAAAAUUGAGAUACUAGCAGGAAAUGCCAGAAAGGUUGGUUCUGUUCGAUUUGAAAGGAUAGAGAAUGAUGCUGCGACAGUGGAGCCCAAAGAGGUGACCCGCUUGGUUCCCAAAAUCAUGAAAAGGAAGUGGAGUACUGAUCACGACUCAGAUGGUACAGAGUAUGACGAGGAUUCAUUUCAAAAGAAACCACAGAAUACAAUAUCUGAUGAACAUGAAGACAAUGUUGAUAAUCUCAGUAUACAUUAG